UGAUAAUUAGAUAUCGAUUCGUCGCGGCGAAAAGGAACGGUCGAUGAAACCUGCCUACGACUCCUUGAAGGACAUUGCGCUUUUUAAACUCGACACCCUGUACAUGGAACAAAAUGUGCACGCGAUCGUUUCCUGGGAGUUCAAGAUCGAUCGGACCUUCGCGCUUCGCUGCGCGCGAAAUUGACAAAAUUGACAAAAUUGACAAAAUUGACAAAAUUGACGAAAUUGAUGUUAAGAGAGAACCGAUGUAAAUCUGGGAAAAUUACAGGCAAUUCUGCUCCAGGAUGCCGAUACUCAAGGUGAAGGCUCGACAGAUCUUUGACGCGAGGGGAGACCCCGCCCUGGAGGUGGACCUCGUUACGGACAUCGGAUUGCUCAGGGCGUCGGUGCCAGGGGUGCUCUGGCAGAACCCGAACUCCGCCCUGGAGGUCAGGGAUGGCAACGAGGCUGCCUACAACGGGAGGUCGGUCUUUCGGGCCGUCGACAACGUGAACAACGUCCUGGGACCGGAGUUGUUGAAGGCCAAGCUGGAGGUCUGUCAGCAGAGGGAGAUCGACGAGUUGAUGAAGAGGUUGGACGGGACGGAGAAUAAGUCCAGGCUGGGGGCGAAUGCCAUUCUAGCGGUCUCCAUGGCUUGCUGCAAAGCCGGGGCUGCCAAAAGAGGUCUGCCAUUGUAUAAAUACGUCGCCGAGAUGGCGGAAAAUGGAGAGAUCAGGCUCCCGGUUCCGGCCUUCAACGUCAUCGCCGGAGGCAGGUUCGCGGCGAACAGUCUGCCUUGCCAGGAGUUCAUGAUCGUACCCAGUGGGGCGGAGAGCUUCGCGGACGCCAUGAAGAUGGCCACCGAGAUCUUCCGCGAGAUCGAGAGGAAGCUGGCCGAGCAGCAGGACUCGAAGCCGCCGCUUCCUGUCGUAGACGAGGGAGCCUUCGCCCCGGAGUUCGAGGAGGACAAGGAAGCCUUGACCCUGAUCGACGAAUCCAUCAAGUCUGCAGGGUACGAGGGCAAGGUCAAGCUCGCUCUGGACAUGGCUGCAUCGGCCUUCUGCAAGGAUGGGCAGUACGACAUGGAGUUCAAGUCGGAAGACUCGGACCCUGACGACUACCUUGAAGCCGAGGCCCUGAAGGAACGAUACCUCGAGUAUCUCACUGAAUUCCCGACGAUCGCCUACAUCGAGGACCCGUUCGACCUGGAAGACUGGGACAGUUGGCCGAUGUUAGCCGAUCAGCCCAUCCAGAUCGUGGCUGACGACCUCACAGCUAUGAACAUCGAGCGGAUCGAAGAGGCCAUAGAGAAGCAGGCCGCAAAUUGUCUGGUCAUUCGACUCUCUCAAAUCGGGACCGUCUCGGAGGCGAUCGAUUGCCACAGACUGGCCAGGAUCAGCGGAUGGGGAAGCGUCCUGGCCGCAGGGGACGGAGAGACCGAGGACUCCUUCGUGGCCGACUUCGCCGUCGGGCUUUCCGUGGGCCACUUCAAGGCUGGAGCACCUUGCAGGAGCGAGAGGACCGCCAAAUAUAACCAGAUACUCAGGAUUGAGGAGGAGCUCGGGAAGGACGCCAGAUAUGCGGGGGCAGCCAAACGCUAACGACCCUGAAGAGCCACCUCGAACUCCACUUCCACCUCUGGUCUAUCUUCCUUCUCGAGGGACUCGAUCCU